CGGCCAUAGCACCUCAGGCAUAAAGGUGCCGUAGCCACUGCACUCACCCUGUUAUCGCCUCACCUCCGUCGGGUAUAGACGUGGCUACAGUUGCUCCUUGUGUUGAGAACCAGACGCAGCCCCCGCCAUGGAGCCAAUCUCAGGAUCCUGCCUGUGCAAAGGCAUCCAGUACUGCAUCCCCAGCAAGACCUCGCAGUGGCUCCGUUGCCAUUGCUCGAUGUGCAGGAAGGCCAUCGGCGCCGAGCACUGCACCUACUUCGCCGUUCCCGUCGCCAAGGUCGAGUUCAAGAGCAAGGACACCCUCAAGACCUUCAGGAGCUCUGAGGAUGCCGAGAGGUCCUUCUGCAGCAACUGCGGGUGUUCGGUCUGCAUGAAGUACGGCGUGGAGAAAAACACGAUCUGGUUCAACGCCGCCACCCUCGACGUGAAGGUGCCUGUCGUUGACCCCCACCAGAUCUUCACCAAGGACAAGUUCGAGUACCUGGACGUCAUGUCUCAGUCCCAAGGCACUCCUGAUAUAUCCGCAUGGGUGGUAGAUAGUGCUAAGAACUUGGUUUAGAGGGAAAGAAUAAAAGCAAAUUGGAUAUUUGGAUAUUUUUUAAUAUUUUCGUAUGCUUAUCUGUUUUGCAUCCUGGUUAAGUCAGUUCCGAAUCUACCGAAUGGCACGUUUCACACGGCUAAAGUAAAUCGUAUCCAUGAAUAAUUAAAAUGCUUUUACUUCCUUUGCUUACACAUGCAUGUAUAAACAUUUUUUUGAUGGACCGUAAUGUUGAAAUCAUAUAAUAAAUUAAAAAAAUAAACUUACA